CACAACGCCACAACUGCUUAAUUUGCUCCAUGAACCGUGACUCAUCCUUCCCCGGCCACCGGCCUAGACCCAUCCUGCUCGUCUGUGUAACGAACUAACGACCGUCGAUCAGUGAAUAUCGGCCGCCAUUUUCACGGUCGCCAUAUCCGCGCGGUCACCGAUUCUCUAUUUUCAUUCUACGUUUUUUUAAUCUGUACAGUUUCCGAACGAAUUAUUGUUGUCAUGCGGUAAACCCUAACGCUCUGUAUUUUGAGCAUAUAAAAGUGAAUUUUCGUGUGUGGUAAGAACCAGAUAAAGCAAACGCGGUAUAUUCACGAUGAGCUACAGCAGACCGCCUCCUCGGAUUGAGGGUAUGGUAUCCCUGAAAGUCGACAACCUCACCUACAGGACGACGCCCGAAGACUUGAGGAGAGUGUUCGAGAGAUGUGGAGAAGUCGGAGACAUCUACAUUCCCCGUGAUCGUUUUACGCGAGAGAGCAGAGGGUUCGCUUUUGUCAGAUUUUAUGAUAAACGUGAUGCAGAAGAUGCAUUAGAUGCAAUGGAUGGUCGCAUGCUAGAUGGUAGAGAAUUACGUGUUCAGAUGGCUCGCUAUGGACGUCCAACUUCACCAUAUAGAAGACGACGCAGGAGGUCUCGUUCUCCUAGACGUCGAUCAUACUCAAGGUCCAGGUCUCGUGGCCGUCGUUCACGUUCUUAUUCUAGAUCACGUUCACGUUCACGUUCUGGUAGUAAAAGUUCACGAGGACAUUCRAAGUCAGCCAGUCGUUCAAGAUCAUAGGUAAAAACUAAUCAUUAUUUUUAA